AUAAAAAAACAUCAUCAACAACAAAACCAAACAAUACUAUUCCACCACCCACAAAAACUCCUCAAAAGUCAAUAUUUCCGAAGAAAAAAAAAAUCAAAAAUGGAAAAAAUAAGUUCCUCAUCGUCGUGUAAUCUAAUCUCAUAUCUAAUAUCAUCGUCGCGAUUGAGCUACAAUUUUACUACUAGUAGUAGUAAUUGUAGUUCAACUGAAGACGCUAGAAUGUUGUUGCUAAAAGAUUACGCGACGCGUGAGUUCAAUGCGUUUCUGUGGAUUUCACUUAUUACUGUAACUGCUCUCUUGCUCGAAAAACUUUAUAAAUUGCUUAGAUUAUGGACUAAAGCUAGAGCUAUUCCUGGUCCUCCUUGCUCUUCAAUUUUUGGCCACAGUAAUUUCGGUUGUCGCGAAAAAUUCAUCGAAUUGUUGUCGGAGCUACACGAUAAUUAUGGAUCUGUAUUGAAGUUAUGGUUAGGGCCUACUCAGCUUCUUGUAUCUAUAAAAGAUCCGGAGCUUAUCAGAGAUGUGCUUUUAAAGGCUGAGGAUAAAUUGCCUUUUACUGGAAAGGCUUUUCGUUUAGCAUUUGGUCGAUCAAAUCUCUUCUUUUGCUCGUAUGACCAGGCGCAAAAAAGAAGAGAAUCGUUGGCGUUACAAUUGAAUGAAAAAUUGCUUCCAAGAGCAAGUGUAAUUCCUGAUCAUGUUAUACAUCGUAUCACAGAAAGAAUAGAUGAGAGUAUGCGCAAAGGACAUGUUGAUUGUAAAUUAAUUUCUCAACAUAUGGCUUUUACUCUUAUGGGAACUACACUUUUUGGAGAUGCAUUUUUGGCAUGGUCAAAAGCAGCAUCUUAUGAAGAUCUUCUCAUGACUAUUGCUAAAGAUGCUACCUUUUGGGCCUCAUAUAGAAUUACUCCUGUGUGGGAACGAGAAUUUUGGAGGUACCAGUCUUUGUGCUCAAACUUGAAGUUCUUAACUCAAGACAUUGUUCAACUGUGCAGAAAAAAUUGUAAACUAUUUCACCAUGUGGAUCAAAAUUUUAAUGAUGAAAUUGUGAAAUGUGGAAUGAAAGCAGCAUCUGGAAUACCUCCUUUCGGUGUUGUGAUGCAAGAUAACCUUUUCCCAAGGGAGAUUGAUGGUCAUUAUAAUUCAAGAGAAGAGCCGUGUGGAAAUAUUAUGGGCAUGAUGUUUCAUGGAUGCAUAGCAACAGCAGGUUUGCUGGGCAAUAUCUUGGAGAGGCUUGUUGCAUAUCCAGAGUUACAGGAUAAGAUAUACUCGGAGAUUAUAGGGGUAAGGCAAAGAUUAGCAAAAGAUGUUCAAAAUGUUGAUCAGAUGCCCCAGUUAGUGGCAACUAUUUAUGAAUCAGCCCGACUUCUACCUACUGGACCUUUGUUACAGAGAUGCUCCUUGAAAGAUGAUUUGAUUCUAAAAAAUGGUGUAACUAUACCAGCUGGAGCAGUACUUGUUGUACCUGUGCAUUUGCUGCAGAUGGAUGAUGCUAGUUGGGGCAGUGAUGCUGGCAAAUUUAACCCGUAUCGCUUUUUGUCAAAAGCCGGAAAGGAUACUGAUUCAAUGCAGGAUGUGUCUAUUACAGAGGUUGCAGAAGAUGCUGUUGACUCAACUCGGAGCUCACUUGUUUUGAAUGAUCCAAACGAAAAUGCUGCAUUUCUUCCCUUUGGUUCUGGUAUACGUGCAUGUGUGGCUCAGAAAUUUACAAUCCAAGGAGUUGCCACUUUACUUGCUUCUGUGCUCGAACGCUAUGAGAUAAGGCAUCAAGUAAAGUCGGAAAAUGAUCCACUAUCAGCUAGUCGAGAGAUAGUAUUUGUGAAGAGAAGCGGUUGACAGAACACACAUUUAUGAAUAUUAUGAUGUUUUUUUUUCUUUCCCAUUCUCUUUACUUCAAAAUCGAUGGGAAGCGUUUUUCUUUUUUUGCUCAAUAGCUGCGAAAGUGAGGGAGGAUACUGCAUGAGUUUCUAUUUAAUGAUUCAUGCGUCUUCUUGCAAGUUUUUAGAAUGGUUCAAAGUUGCUGCGUCGAGUACCAUCCAUAAUUGGUUUGGUUUUGAAGCAAUUAUGAGCCUCUCUACAUUUGCUGUUGAGCUCGUUUUUUUCUUUUUCUUUUUUUCGCUGUUCGGUUUUGUCUUUUUAAUUUUUUUUUUCCUCCCCAAAAGGGGAGUUAUGUUGUAUUAUGUAAUAUGCUUACACAAUAAAGUUUUUUACAAGGUCAUGUUGGGAUGGAUUGCAUAAUGUUGCCAAUUGUACUGCAGUUUGAAGGAAAAGUUUUUAUUUUCUAUAGUUUUCUUGAUUAUUCUGCAGUAUUUUUUUUGUCGAUAAUUGUUUAAGUAGAUCAGGCGUCUUGAUCGGAGUGUAAAUAGUCUUGUUGUUAAUGUUGGUUGUGAUAUGACUUUCAUAGGUUGUAUUUGAAUCUUCUUAAUGAAUUUCUAUCGUUUGGAAAAAAAAAAAAAAAAAAAAAAAGUAUUUGGAAAAGUUAUCUGGGAAAAUUGUUUACAAAUGUGUAACGAAUGUAAAAUUGUAAGUAUGAAUUCCUAAAGAUCAAAUUGGUAAAACGUGUAGGGAAAUGCUUGGAGUGCCGAAAUUUGCAUUUUA